AUGGCCACAGAUCUGAAAACUGGCCGCCGAAGGGCUACCAGCAGCGCAGCUACAAGACCAGGACACACGAGACGAAAGUCAAGAGCUGUUAUCCAGCCAAAGUCAACACAUACAUCAGAUGAAUUCCUACAAGACUUUCUAGACCCUACAUUUGAUCCCGCAACGUUCCUCAACUCAACCCUUCCUCCACUGCAGCAGCGCUCUAUCCCUGGCCGAACCGGAGAUGUCGCACCGCUCGCUGAGCUGUCCACACAAGCUCAGGCUCUUAUUUCACAACUUAACGCCCAGACUUCACGGCUGUCAACUACUCUUACGCAUCUCACUGAUGACAUUUUGAGAAGCGGGAGUCGCCUGGCUUAUGAGGUGGAGCUACUACGAGGCGAGACGUUGAGUCUCCAGGAGACUAUGAAUGAGACGCUUCAUGACGACAUCAAGAAGUUUGUUCCCGAAGGAUUGCAAGAAGCUAUUGAGGCCAAGAAUGCCGCUGCUAAAGAAGAUCGGAGUGCGGCACCGUCGACAACUGCUGCAGCUGUUACCAACGAUGGAGCCAAUCCAGAUGACCCUGAAUUCAUCAGACAGUUACAAACAUUAACUCUUGUGCGAGCACGCCUUGACUCAGUUAUCAAGACAUUCGGAGAUGCUAUGGAAUUCGUCUUUCCACCAUCAGAGAUCUCCGUCAGCUCCGGUUUCCUCUCAGUAUCAGCACCCGAGCCAGGUUCAGCACAGCAAAGUUCAGAGGAAAAGGGCAAGGAAGUGCUCAAGAACAUCAGAAACGAGAUAUCAGAUCUACUGAACAAACCUGACGACCCUGUUCAAGGCAUUGAGAAAGCGGCACAACGAAUUGAACAACUCAAAGAGCUUAACCGUGUAUGGAAGGACACAGCAGAGGAGAAGGGACGAAAUAAGUUUAUAGAGAGUCUUGCCAAGACGGUUGAAGACAAGCAUCGGGAUCUAAUGAAGGAAAUGGAGCUGACCAAGGAAAAGACUAAAGUAGAAUCACGGUCACGGAAAGGCAGUGUCACUAGAGAUGCUGCAGCGACUGUGGUAGAGGAUACAAAGGCACCAGGCGGGUUUGGACUGAUUAGCCAGUUGCACAAGCUUCGAGGAGGUCUGUGA